CCUAGUGUGGCCUUGUAGUUAAUUUUAUUAUUCUGAUAGCAAUUUAUCAUCCCAAGUUGUAACCUAUCUGUCAUCUAUCAUCGUUACCUUUACGAAGGGAUUCCUUGUUGCAUUCAACCGGAGGUUGUAGUUGCAGAGAACCCUGUGACGAAGACUGCUUCAACACUCUUAAUCAACACUUGGAACUCUUACGGUCUUCGGUUGAUCCCCUAGUGCCAAGUGCUGCCUUAAAUUUUCUUGGCUUUGGGGUUCGUCUGGGUUCAUUAGAAGAAUCAGAAUGGUUAAAAGUUAUGGAGGGCCUUGAUUUGCUGGAGAUAUCAUGUUGCCGUGUGCAGAGGCUCUUAAGCAUUUAUUUGCUUCCUUAUUGCGUUGCUUUGACCUUGAUAAGCAGUCAAGAGGCCUUGAAGAUCCCGAACUUCUUGCAAGGGAGACAGUCUUCAGUGUAAGUGAAAUAGAAGCACUUUAUGAGCUCUUUAAGAAAAUCAGCUGUGCGGUGAUUGAUGAUGGGCUGAUUAACAAGGAGGAGUUCCAGUUAGCAUUAUUCAAGACAAACAAAAAGGAGAGCUUAUUUGCUGAUCGGGUAUUUGAUUUGUUUGACACGAAGCACAAUGGGAUACUAGGCUUUGAAGAAUUUGCUCGUGCUUUAUCCGUUUUCCAUCCGAAUGCCCCUAUCGAUGAAAAGAUUGAAUUUUCUUUUCAACUGUAUGAUCUCAAGCAACAAGGUUUUAUUGAAAGGCAGGAGGUGAAGCAAAUGGUAGUAGCUACACUUGCUGAAUCUGGCAUGAACCUAUCAGAUGAUGUAAUAGAAAGUAUAAUCGACAAGACUUUUGAGGAAGCAGAUACAAAGCACGAUGGCAAAAUUGACAAAGAGGAAUGGAGAAACCUUGUUUUACGCCACCCCUCACUUUUGAAGAAUAUGACCCUUCAAUAUCUGAAGGACAUCACCACAACAUUCCCAAGCUUUGUAUUCCAUUCACAAGUAGAUGAUACUUGAAGCUCCAGUUUUCUGUCUGUUCAUCUUGCCAAAGAUUCAUUUGCUUGCAGCAGGCUUUAGAGUUUCCUCUUGAUUCCCUUGCUUUGGUCAUUAUAUUUCUGCAGGAGAUGAAGAUGAAGAGUGAGAGAUACCUGGUUUUGUGCAUUUGUAUUUAAGCGUGAAUGAUCCUGGAAAUACAUUCAUUUUUUUCUCUUUCAGGUUUAAUUUGUAAUUUGAAUUAUUUUUGAGAGGCAAGAAUGUGAUUUAGUGAAACUUCUUUC